GUCACAGCUGAGGCGAACGAAACUAAAUAUGGCGGCGCGCUACGAGUCGGAACACCGUCUUCGAUUUUAAGUAAUAAUCUAUUUUCACGGUAAGUUUGUCAAUAAGAGGGAGUGCCGUCUUCACUUUCAGUUGCCACGCUAAUGUCUUUGGAACACAAAUGUGCGAAAUCUCCAAUUCUUUGCUUUGUAUUGAAAAACGUAAACACGCAUGUUCACCCACGUUUGCUCGGGAGUCGUCCGUCAUUUUAUAUCUUCCCUCUCAUCAGAAAUACAAGUUACUUUAUGAUACUUAAUCCCAUUUUUAUUUUUGAAAGCUUUUUGAUGAUUAGUCUGCGAUUGGAUGCGAAUGUGGUUUGUCUGGAGAUCGGCAUCUGAUGAAGGAUUUGUAGUUUGAGAUAUAUGGUCCUGGUCUUCACCCUUACUUGUUUCCUGAAUACAGCAGACAGCUUGUGCAGUUUACUAAGUUGCAGAGCUGGGCCAGGGUCCUUUGGGAGUGUAUUUUUUGGUUAAGAGUGUUGGAGUCGGCCAUGAUAGGAGCUGUUCAAAGUCUCUAAUGGCUGGGACUUACUGUUUUCCUUCUCUUUCAGCACACGGUUGGAUCAUCUCAAAGAAAGAGAAGAAAAUUUAACGACCCAUGUGAUACACGCACGGUGCAUGACAGCAAACGCCCAACAAGGUAGCAGUCGAUCGUCCUUACUAGAUGUAUCAAAUAUUUUUCAUUUAUUCAGACUUGUCUUUCAUGUGGCUAAAUGUGAGAGGACAGCAGAGCGAGCUGCAUAACUUUCUCAACGCACCAAACACUUCCCAUGUGGUUACUUCUCUUCUUGUUUCUUCCCACUUUAGUCGUUCAAAGAGCAUUGCUUAUUGUUGUCUUCCAAGAUCAUGAUAUCCGUUCAUUCAUUCAGGACAUUAAUGACAGAGAAAAAUCUGAUCAUUUAACUACUGUGAGUUAAACAGUGAUAUGUUAAUGUGUGAUGGAAAAGUGUUUAUUUUCAGCUCAUAGCAGUUUAGACACUGCUUAUGAUUUGCUAGUAAGACAGAACUGUGUAAACAACAUUAUUUAUGUCAGAAGAUGCAAUUUUGAAUCACAUAGAAUAUUGUUGUUUGCCUUGGGGCAAUUGCUUAACCUUAUGCACCUGCAUGAUGUGCAUAUCAAUUCCCACAGUUUCUCACAAGCUCGUAUAACAAUUAACAAAAUAGAUGACAACUUUACUACUUGAUUACAGUGACUGCUGUAAUGUCCAUGUAGAUUCUCAUUCAUCCAGGUCAUUGUUUUCUUAAAGACUCCAAAAACAGGCAACUGGACUGUGUAGAGUAUGUGAACAAGCAUGGCUAAUAGAUUUCAUUACAUCGACAGUGGGUUUGGCGGUGUUUUCAUCUAGAAGUUGGAGAUUAAGUUGUAUGUCAAGUAAAUAAAUGUAAUAAGCAAGCACAGGCAGGUGGACGUUAACUGCAAAGAGGGACAAAGCUUUUGGCUUUACUACUGCAAAUGUUAUAUUCAACAAAAGUUUGACAUUGUUUGCCCACGGACUCUGUGAUCCCAUGUUUAGUUUGUUUAAUGAAUUGUGCUCACUUUGGACUUUUUCUUACCUUUGGACAAACUGGGUAGUUAUUUAGUUUAAGCUCACGUUGUAUUAAGGAAGAAAUCAAUGUCAGUAACACAGGACUUCAGGGUUUUGCUGUUGCACCCUUAUUUGUGAUGGUACAGUUAUGGGUUGAUAAUGUUUGACUUUCUUCAUCAGGUGAAAUUUACCAUGGAUAAGCUCAAGAUGAUGUCACCUUCUGCUGAGGAAAAGGAAAAGGAGGAGGAAGAGUGUGAGUGUAACAUAGAAGAGGAAACUGUCCAUGAGGAUGAAGAACAGAGGGAACAGGAGGGUAUAGAUGAUAAAGAAGAGGGAGAAGAAGAGAAGCCACAAGCUGCAAAAAAUUCUACUGAGCCCAGGGACAAAAAGCAGAUUGAGGGUCUCAACCUUAACAAUGAGGUGGUUAAGAUGAGAAAAGAGGUGAAAAGAGUGAGAGCCUUGAUCAUCAGAAGGCUGACACGACAGAUGGGGGUCUUAAAGAAGAAGAAGGGUAAAGACACAGAUAUUGAAAGAAAUCAAAGAAGAGCAACCAGACUGCUUGAAGAGAUCCAUGCCAUGAAGGCGCUCUCACCUGACCUGGUAAGUUUUGUUUAAACUUCCAUCAAUCAAGUCAUCAUCAUUUUUAAAUCCAUUUUCACACAGUAUUGUCUUUUUAAUCUCAAAUCACAUUGUUUUCACAAUGCUGAAAAUUGGUAAUAAAUUUCCUAUUGGAUAAUCUGUUUCCUCUUUUCUCAGGUGACAAAGACAGCCCUGGUAAAGAAUCUCAGCUUUGAUCAGGUGUGUAAAGACCCCAAGUCUACUAUUUCUGAACGGGCAGUAGCACGUAUUGCCAGCCAUCCCCAGUUCAACAAAAAGAUAGAAGACAUAAAAGCUGCAUUGAAAGCAUUUAAAGAGGAGCGGAUGAAGACUGGAGGUCGGGAAAAGACGGUGAAAGGGCAAAAUAAGAUGGGAAACCUUGUGCCAGAAUCAUCAGAGAAAAUAAGAGAAAGACAGAGUGAGAAGACAAUGGAGCACAUCACAGCAGAGCACCUGGAAAUCACUGAAAGUGAGAGAGGAGAUGGUAUCCGCAAAGACAUUAAAGAUGGAGCUGUAGCUACACCCAAAAAGAAAAGGAGCAAAACAAAUGACACGGAGGAUGGUCAAAGCAGCAAAGCAUCAGAAAAUACGAACAUUAAGCAGUCAUCAUUAAAAAGAACUGUUGUGAAAGAAAUUGUAAAAAAUGAUAUUCCAGUUGAGAUGGCAGAGGAAAAACCCAACACCGAGUCCAAAGGCGUUCAGCAAAAGAAAGAUGAGUUAGAAAGUGAUUUAGAGCUUUUAGAUGAUGAAGAGAAAGAGUACUUUGAUGACAGCACAGAGGAACGUUUUCAUAGACAGUCCUCCCAAUCUGAAGGGAGCGAUGAGGACGAUGACUUCUUUGUAGGAAAAGUGAGCAAAUUUAAGAAGAAGAAGCAAAACAAUCUGGAUGGAAGGAGUAAAGCAAAGGUGGACCCACCCAACCAGGACCAGAGUGGAACUGAUCGAAAGGCUAAAACAACCAUGUUUCAGACUGUAUUUUGUUCUUCCCUCUCUGCGCCAGGAAUGAAUAAAGGUGUCGGCAGAAGGAAAGAGGGAGAUAACGUCAGGGGCUAUGAGAAACUGCAGGGUGUUAGUCAUCCAAAAAGCAACAGUAAUAAACCACCCAGGCUCCAACAACAAGGGAAUAGAACAGGAUUCAACCCAGGGUCCAAGUACAGAAGGCCGUGUGAGAAGGGCAGCCUGCUCAAAUCUCAUGAUGAAGCUUUCUUUAACCAUCAAGACAAAAAGCAGGCUUUGCAUCCAUCCUGGGAAGCCAGUAAGAAAAGGAAGCAGCAGCAAGGACAAAUUCUGGCCUUCCAGGGAAAGAAGAUCAGAUUUGACAAUGAUGACUGAAACUUGGGUUCCAUAUUUAAAUUUUGUGUUUACAGUACACUAGCAAAGUGUGAAGCCCACCAUUGAUUCUGUUUGGUAUUCAUUGCAGAUGAGUUGAUCGCUGUAUUCCCGAGUAUAGAUGUCUAGCAGGUUGUAAACUUAUUUUUCUCCAUGUAAGAAUGUAAGAUAUUUGGUUUACAAAAUCGACCAAAUUGUUGACAAUAAAGCAGUUAUUUUUCAUUGUAUAUUAAUACCACCUCCAAGUUGUUCAAGUUGAUCUGUCAGUGUUAAAUUGUAAGGCAGUGAUGUUUGUUUUUUUUCUUCAUGUUGAUGGACAUUGAACUGGGAUGUCGAAAGUGGUCAAUAGAGUUGAUGUAGAAUUAAUUUUGUAAAACUGUUAUGAAACCCACCAUCAACAAGGCUGUAACUCAGCUGGCAUUUUCCUGUUCUUGGUAUUUUUUUAUACAAGUAUUAAUUUAAUUUGUUUUAAAAAAUAAAAUAAUAAUAUAACAUA